AUGGUUACUUUCAGCCGACUUUUGCUCCUCCUCCCUAUUCUCGGGGCACUCGCCUCCGAUCCUACCACGGAGCCCACCAUCGAGGCCACCAAGUCCUUUGACUUCCUCCAGCACAUGGGAGAAAUCAUCUUCAACACCACUGACGGCAGCCUCGAUCGUCGCGACACCACAUUCAGCACCAGCAAAGACGGCGUGAACGCCGCGGGCUACUACUACUCCUUGUACAACGACAACCACGCCGGCGCCGGCUACACCGAGGACCCCCACAGCGGGCACUUCAAACUCGGCUGGACCCUGCCUUCCCGCAGCGAGUUCCUCGGCGGAAAGGGCUUCCGCGGUGGCAGCACACGCACCCUCACCUGGGACGGCUACUUCUCCGCUAAAGGCGACUACACCCUCGCCGUCUACGGAUGGACCACCAACCCCGUCACCGAGUGGUACAUUGUCGAGGCGCACGGCACGGGCACCCCGGGCAACGGCCACAUCCUGGGCCAGGUGUACGCUAAUGAUGGCGUGUAUGAUGUCUACAUGCUACCCUACCGUAAUGUGCCGAAGAUCUAUGGUACCACGAACUUUAACCAGCUGUGGUCGGUCCGUCGGUCCCAUCGCACGACUGGCACGGUCGAUGUCACGGCGCAUUUUAACCGCUGGAAGCAGCUGGGGUUGCAGCCUGGGAGUCCGGUCUUUCAGAUGGUGACAGCGGAGGGGUUCCAGGGGAAUGGCUUUUUGGACUUUACUCUGCAUUAG